AUGGACCCCGGUGACGCUAACGCUCGCACAGUCGCUCGACUUUCGUCGGCGGAAUCUCCUUCUUCCGGGAACACCGUAACCGCAGCUGGCCCCACCAGGGAGGGUAACCCUCCGAUUGCCAUCAGUCAGCAGAUAAUGGCAAGCGAGAGCCACAUCAGCAGUUCUCCCUCCGACGCCUACAUCCCGACAGCAGCCAUCUUGUCGGUACCGUCCGAGGGAGGCUCACGGAAUCUGCGGGCUUGUGCCCAGCUCUCAGACACUUCUCGGACUGGCGCACUCACUCCGGACUUGUUACAUUCGCGUACAACGCCACUUUCUGUGGCGCCGGGGCCACUCGAAGUACCGGAUUCAACGGCGACAUCUUCGACACCCACACCAACCGUGUCGACUACUGCGUCUGCUCACAGUCGCCCUCAAAUUCUCUCCGCAUCACGUGAGGCAGAUCGACGCUCCUCCCCCCUUAACCCCAUCUCGACGGAUAGCGGUUGCAACGUGCCUCGACUCUUCUCUAGCGGUCCCGCCACCUCUCCUUCACAAGCCACCGCAGCUGCCAUCUCAACGGAGGCUUCUGAGGGUAAGCUGCUUUUUGACUUCGAAGUCGCGCCGGAUUGGUUCGCACCAUCCGCCGUUGCAGGGGACUCAGUCAGGCCUCGGGCUUCUGCCCAGUUAUCAGACACUAAACGGGCCUCGGUCUCAUCGGCAAACAUGGCGGGCUCCAGCGGCCUUUCAACAGGAUCAGGAUCUACGGCGAUCGGUGAGUUUCCGCUACCCCCAACCGUUGAUCCUUUUGCGGUACCUUCAUCUCCGCUACUUCUAGAACCUAAGGAGAUGCAGCAGCUCUCACUGCAGUCGACACCAUCCACUUCCGCUACACCUGCGUCGUCUUCGUCGCUAGGAUGGUCGCCGCACGUCCGCCUCCCACCAAAGGCCUUUGCCGAAUUUCGAAAUCCAUCAUCUCCUCGUUCGAGGCCAUCAUCAUCAUUGGCUGCUGCCGGACGAUGCUGCCGGUCCCUCGAAGCGGUUGCGAACAUCAGCACCACCACCACGGCCGAAGGGAAUCCAGCCUCAUCCUGCCUAUCCACCUCGCUGGAGGGAUGCUCCCGCCGACUAUGUUAG